AUGGCAGUAGUUAAGUUACUUAGAAAAAAUUUUUCAGUGUUCUAGUAUAGAGAAUAAUUUAAGUUGCCUAAAAUUCCGAAUACAAAUUCCUUCCACAUACCACUUUUAAUAAUAGGUCACUCUUAACAAGCACUAACUCUAGCGAAAUACUUGAAAAAGAAAAGCAAUAUAAAUGAUUAUGAUAUCACAUUUUGUGUUGAUUAAUUGUACAAAAGAUACAGUUGGGAAGAUAAAAAGCCUCAAGAUUCUUUCAAUAAAUAUGAUGAUGAGUAUAAUUUACUCAGCACUUGGAACAAUGUAAUAAAUUCUCAUUAGAUUAUUAGAACUGACUUCGAUAACUCAAAGAUUUAUCUUUGGGAUGGGGAUACUGAAAACCCUAAUGGCAAGGCCUACACAUUUGAUUAGCUAAUUAUUACUCCAUAUCAAAGAGAAAACAAUCUUAUAUUUCAGAUAAAAGGAUAUGAUAGAUAUAGAAUGAAGGAUGACUUUAUUUCACCUAGAAUGAUUAACCCACUGCUUUACCCAGAUUUGGCAAUGUUUUUAUAUCAUCAAUUAUUAAAAACCUCCAAAUUGAAGAACGACUCAACUAGGAUUUUAUUUGUAGAUGAUUUCGGUAAUUAAAAAAUUCAUCAUAAAUCAAUAAGGUUGGAGAAGGAUGAUGUAUUUAUAAAAGAUUGGAAAGGAAAUACAUUCUUUUAGAGCUAUGAUUAUGCUUUCGUUAAUUCAUAAACAUAAUUAGAUCCAGGCAUUACAAUUGAAGAUGUAGCGAAAUAUGAUAAUGUGUAUUUGAUUGAUGAAUACAUAACUGGCAAUAACAACCUUAAAAAACAUAAAGAAUUAGCUAUUGAUCAGAUGAUAUAAAACAUCUAAAAUUUUGAGUCUCCCUAUAAAAAUAUUAGAUUUGAGAGAAUCAAUAUAUUGAGAAAUCAGUUAUUCAGCUGA